UCCCUCCUCUCCGCCUCCCUAUCCCCUUCCUCCCUCUCCUUCAGCACUCUCGCCGCCGACUUGAGCAACUACGAUUUCCGCUACUCCCUCGUCGACAUCCCGCUCGUCUCCAUCCUGAGAUCCGCCGUCAUCUUCUGCGUUUACAACUUCUGCGACGGGCCGAGGCUAUCUCGGGGGCCGUACUUGGGGAUCACCGCGAUUUGCUCCGUCUGCUCGCUGAUUUACGUCUCCGCGAAGGCGCCGUACGUUUUCAGCGCCUACCGGAUCGAUCGGGGCGGGUACGUCUGCGGGAUGGAGGCUGCUCUGUUCCUCUGCUCGCUCUUUCUGGCGAUUGGUCACGUCGUCGUGGCGUACCGAACGAGUUGCAGGGAGCGGAGGAAGCUUCUGGUCUACAAAAUCGACAUUGAAGCUAUCUGCACGGAAUGGACGACACCUCUUCCUCUCCAUUGGCUUGUGCUCUCCUGUCGCUGCAAUCCCGGCUUCUUUCUCCGAACUACAGCAGUAGCAACAGCAGCAAGAGGCAUCUACAUGAAGAGUCCACGAUGGGAGAGACACUGUCGGCGCCGAUUCAGAAGCGUGCCGUCGUUGAGAUCCGUCGGAUUAGAAACCGAAGAAACAGGGACGGUUACGGUAACGGGAGUGGGGAAUAUAGAUCGUUACUUUUUAUUUUCUAUUAUUCUUUUAUUUUGGUUUUUUCUUUUCUCCCAUUAA